CCACCGACCACCACCGUCCACCACCAACCACCGACAUAUCACUAAAACCACUAAACUGCCACCCCCAUCGCACCCUAACACCACCCUAACCACCCUAAACCACUCUGACCCUUUCCCACCCUUUCACCCUCCACCCUUCCACAUUUCCACCCUUCCACCACAUCCAUACCCCAUCGUCCGGUCCACCAAUCCACCAAUCCAUCAAUCCACCAAUCCACAACCACUCACACCACCACUCAAACUCCCCUUUACACCUUUACUACCACCACUACCCACCACUACCACCCAUCACGAACUCUCUCUCCCUCCUUUCACAAUUCAAUCCCAACUUUUGCUCACUCAGCUGUUGGCUUACACAUUCACAAACUAUACAGUUCUUCUUUCUCCCUCAGCCACGGCCACUUCAAUCUUGACCUUCAAUCAAAAACCCGCCAUCGCUGUUGUGGACAACGACGACAAACAAUAAAAUCUCUCUUUCCGUGCCACCACCACGACCUCCUUUCGCCCCCGACUUCCACAGUCACAUCCCACGACAAACAUUGCUCCCUUCAAUCAUCAACACCAACACAGUGAUCACCGCAAGGGACAUCAGCCACGAUGGGUUGCGGUAUGAGCACAGAAGAGAAGGAGGGCAAGGCCCGGAACGAGGAGAUUGAGAACCAAUUGAAGAGAGACAAGAUGAUGCAGCGCAACGAGAUCAAGAUGCUUCUGCUAGGUGCCGGUGAAUCCGGAAAGUCCACCAUCCUCAAGCAGAUGAAGCUCAUCCACGAGGGUGGCUACUCACGCGACGAGCGCGAGUCGUUCAAGGAGAUCAUCUUCAGCAACACAGUCCAGUCGAUGCGCGUCAUCCUGGAGGCGAUGGAGUCCCUCGAGCUGCCACUCGACGACCAGCGCGCCGAAUACCACGUCCAGACUAUCUUCAUGCAGCCACAGCAGAUCGAGGGUGACAACCUGCCCCCGGAGGUUGGCAACGCCAUCGAGGCGCUUUGGAAGGAUGUUGGCGUCCAGGACUGCUUCAAGCGCUCCAGGGAGUACCAAUUGAACGAUUCCGCAAGAUACUACUUCGACAAUAUCUCCCGCAUCGCGCAGCACGACUACAUGCCCAAUGACCAGGAUGUCCUGAGGUCUCGUGUUAAGACCACCGGUAUUACGGAGACCACCUUCAUCAUCGGCGAGCUCACAUACAGGAUGUUCGAUGUCGGUGGACAACGUUCUGAGCGUAAGAAGUGGAUCCAUUGCUUCGAGAAUGUCACCACCAUUCUCUUCCUGGUCGCCAUCUCUGAGUACGAUCAACUUCUCUUCGAAGACGAGACCGUGAACCGCAUGCAGGAGGCGCUCACCCUGUUCGACUCCAUCUGCAACUCCAGGUGGUUCACAAAGACAUCGAUAAUCCUGUUCCUGAACAAGAUCGAUCGCUUCAAGGAGAAGCUCACCGUGUCGCCGAUGAAGAACUACUUCCCCGACUACGAGGGUGGAGACGACUACUCAGCUGCCUGUGACUACAUCUUGAACAGAUUCGUCAGCCUGAACCAGCACGAGGCAAAACAAAUUUAUACCCAUUUCACUUGCGCAACCGACACAACGCAGAUCCGCUUCGUCAUGGCGGCUGUAAAUGACAUCAUUAUCCAGGAGAACCUUCGCCUCUGUGGCCUGAUCUAGACGCACGAACCAUCCGGAUACCCAAUCUCGUUUUUAUCAAAGCACACAUCGAAUCCACACACACACGGCGUUACUGCGUUCUGAGCUUGUUUCUUGGUGUCCAACCCACACAGCGCCUGACGCGACAAUUUGGGUCUCUUUGUAUUUGGCUACUAUACCAAUCAUGCGUCCCCUUACGAGCGAAUAAAUCCACCUGAAAUUUUCACACCAAUUGCAUAUUUGUCUUCCAUGUCUGCCUUGCGAAAUCUAUCCACCCUUUCGACAAUGCCACACGAAAAUACAUUCUCACAAACCUUUCAUUACGACGCGAUUGACCGAACUCACUCCCGGACCGGUUGAUUUAUAAAAGAAUACCUUUCAAAAGGGCGGACUGGAAGACAAGUUGCAUUGGGUGCAAUCAUUUCACGUUGAUCUACAAUUAUUCAUCCCUCAAGACCGGGUCGUCGCCCCUUGUUGUAUGAAAUGAUUUUUUCGCCCACCACACAACCCAUUUUAAUGUGUCUGUUUACCAUCCUUUUUCCAUUUUUCUUGUUUCCUUUAUAAGUGCUUUGUGUGUCAUCUUACGAUCUCGACCGGCGCAUGACUGAGAUUCUUUCCCCUUUGAUUUAUUUGGCCAGGGAUUUUGGCAGGGGGAGGAUCAACCGUGUUUUUUUUUCUUUGUUAGUAUUUUUACAUAAUGGGGAUUUGAGAGAGCCAACUGAAAAAGAG